CUGUUUUCAUUCGCACAAGUUUGUCAUACGACGAAGGCGUUCCUUAUUAUCUAGUGCACUGCGAUUAGUUUUCAUCUAAAAACAUCUGUCCAAAUCCCGAACAAUGUCUUCCAGCAGCGGUAUUCAGAUCCCCAGCCGGUUGCCUUUGCUGUGUACACAUGAUGGAGUACUUUUGCCCGGCUCGACCAUGCGAAUCAGCGUCGAUACUGCGAGAAACAUGCAGUUAGUGAAGAGCAGACUGCUGAAGGGGACCUCGCUCAAAAGCACCAUCAUCGGAGUCAUUCCUAACACCAGAGACCCCGAGCACGACAGCGAUGAGCUCCCGUCCUUACACAGCAUUGGCACUGCUGGACUGGCGGUGCAAGUAGUGGGCAGUAACUGGCCGAAACCACACUACACGCUGCUCAUUACAGGGUUGUGUCGCUUCCGUGUGACCCAGCUGCUGAAGGAGAGACCUUUCCUAGUGGCAGAGGUGGAACAGCUAGAUAAACUGGAGCAGUACACGGAUGGAGAUCAGGGAGAUGGAGAGCUGGGGGAGCUGUCGCAGAGGUUCUAUCAGGCUGCUGUACAGCUGGUCGGGAUGCUGGACAUGUCGGUGCCUGUGGUGGCGAAACUCAGACGGCUGUUGGACAGUUUACCUAAAGAAACACUGCCUGAUGUCCUGGCCUCCAUGAUCCGCACUUCUAACAAAGAGAAACUGCAGGUGCUGGAUGCAGUAGACUUGGAGGAGCGGUUUAAGAAGGCCCUUCCACUGCUCACCAGACAAAUUGAGGGGCUCAAACUGUUGCAGAAGACCCGCAAACUCAGACCUGGCGAUGACAAGAGAGUGCUGGCCAUUCGUAAAGGUGGAGUGUUCCCAGGCCGUCAGUUCUUGCUGGAGGAUGAGGGGGAGGAUGAGGAUGGUGAUGAUACAGCUUUGCUGGAGAAGAAGGUGAAGGCUGCAGCCAUGCCAGAGGCAGCACUGCACGUGUGUCUCAAAGAGCUUAGACGAUUAAAAAAGAUGCUGCAGUCCAUGCCAGAGUAUGUCCUCACCCGCAACUACCUGGAGAUGAUGGUGGAGCUGCCUUGGAACAAGAGUACCACCGAUUGCCUGGACAUCCGUGCGGCACGGGUGCUCUUGGAUAAUGAUCACUAUGCCAUGGAGAAGCUGAAGAGGAGGGUGCUGGAGUAUCUGGCUGUGCGUCAGCUCAAGAGUUCUCUUAAGGGGCCCAUCUUGUGUUUUGUGGGACCCCCGGGUGUGGGAAAGACCAGCGUUGGACGUUCCAUCGCCCGCACACUGGGUCGAGAGUUCCACCGCAUCGCCUUGGGAGGAGUCUGUGACCAGUCAGACAUCCGUGGCCACAGACGCACGUAUGUGGGUAGCAUGCCUGGCCGCAUUAUAAAUGGACUAAAGACUGUUGGUGUAAACAACCCUGUCUUUUUACUGGACGAGGUGGACAAACUGGGCAAGAGCCUGCAGGGAGACCCUGCCGCCGCCCUGCUGGAGGUUCUGGACCCAGAGCAGAACCACAGCUUCACUGACCAUUACCUCAAUGUGCCUUUUGACCUCUCGCAAGUGCUCUUCAUCGCCACUGCAAAUACGACUGCGACAAUCCCCCCUGCCUUAUUGGACAGAAUGGAGGUCCACCAGGUGCCAGGGUACACCCAGGAGGAGAAGGUAGAAAUAGCCCACCGGCACCUGAUCCCUCAUCAGCUGGAGCAGCAUGGACUGACUCCACAACAACUACAGAUCCCACAAGACACCACACAGGAUAUAAUUAGCAAGUACACACGGGAGGCAGGCGUGCGAUCUUUGGAGAGGAAGAUUGGGGCCAUCUGUCGAGCAGUGGCUGUGAAGUUCGCUGAAGGUCGAAUGAUCUCUAGAGCAAAAUCCCCAACUGAACAACAUGCAGAAAAGACUACAGAAAGCAAGGAGGAGGCUUCUGGGAUAGCAGCACCUCCAGAGAUGCCCAUUGUUAUCGAUCACAUUGCCCUUAAGGAUAUUCUUGGCCCACCACUUUUUGAGAUGGAGGUAUCAGAGCGACUGACCCUACCGGGUGUGGCGAUAGGCCUGGCCUGGACUCCAAUGGGUGGGGAAAUAAUGUUUGUGGAGGCCAGUCGUAUGGAAGGGGAAGGGCAGUUGACCCUGACAGGACAGCUGGGGGAUGUCAUGAAGGAAUCAGCCCACCUAGCUAUUAGCUGGCUCCGCAGCAAUGCCAAGACUUACCACCUCACUAAUGGCAAUGAUCUUUUGGAGGGUACCGACAUCCACUUGCACUUCCCAGCAGGUGCAGUCACUAAGGACGGACCCUCAGCAGGUGUUACCAUAGUAACAUGCCUGGCCUCAUUGCUGAGUGGGCGGUUGGUGCGCUCUGAUGUGGGCAUGACUGGAGAGAUCACUUUGAGGGGACUGGUGCUACCGGUGGGCGGCAUAAAGGAUAAAGUCUUGGCAGCUCACCGGGCCAAUCUGAAACGAAUCAUCAUCCCCAAGCGCAAUGAGAAAGACUUGGACGAAAUACCUUCCCAUGUGCGAGCUGACCUGGAUUUCGUUUUCGCCAGCACUCUGGAUGAAGUCCUGAAUGCGGCAUUUGAUGGGGGCUUCCCUUCAGCUGUCAAUCAUCCACAAGUUGUUAGCAAACUCUGAGACUGCAGUUGAUAGAUAACUAACGCACACAGAGUUGCUCAAGACUUUCUUCUCAAAGGAUUUUCAACAGUAAUUAUUAAUGUUUCCCUCAUCUGCAAAGAAUGGCUUUUUGGUAAUGAAUCAGAUUAAGAUCCCUUAUUCUUUUUCCUUUAUUUCUUUAAUAACAUAUAAUUUGUCUGUUGUAAUUGUAAUUCAUGUAAUUAUGCUCCUGUUGAUCUGACAACAAAAUAAGCUAAAGUUGGCAAAGCCAACUAUUAGCUGUUUAAAAUGUAGAUUAUAAAUGAAUUCCACUUGUUUUUGGAAUAUUGCAUAGGAUGUUAAUUGUGACACUUAAAAGGUGUAAUUUAACUAUGAGAGUGUUCUUCAUAUAGUCUUCAUUAUUAAUUUUCAGAUUGGAAAAUUUGAAUGUUAUGUUUAGCAUGAUGAAAACUAAGUACAAUUUUACAUAAGCAUAUAGAUUUGGUUAUGAUACGUCAAAUUUGAUAUGAGUUUGAGAUUAUAUAAUUUCCAUAAUAUUUCCAUGUUUAUUCACAGGGUUUAAAUGGAUAUACUGCUUUCUAUGUCAUAUUAAUCUGAAUGGUUAUACAUUAGAUGCAAAUGCAAUUUUCUAUCUGAAUACCUAAAAUACUUUGAAAAGUAACUUACUGUGACAUCUAAUCCACAUAUUGUUGCUUCAGUUUGUAGUUUUCAUUAAUAUGAUAAUUAGAUGUAUUAAACUGCCAAUGGUUUACAUUUGACCUUCUUUUGGGAGAUAAGAACAAUGAAGGCAUUCUUAUUUGAUGAUGCUAAUACCUGAAUGACAGCUUUGGCCUGAAUAUGCAAGGCAUGUUUGGAAAUGUCUUAAGAUGUAGCUUAGCCAGUUUAACUGAAGCCUGUCAGUUCCAUAUGGAGGGUAAAAAUUAAGCAGUAUUUUCUUAAAAACUGCACUAAAAAUAUUACCCGUUCAAUCGUGCUACAAAUUGAGAAUUCCUAAGCAAUUUAAAACUACUCCAUUAAUUUAGUCUGAUUAUAGUUGUGACAUAGGAAUAAAGUAGUUUGCCCUCUAGCAACACAAUACACAGCAGAUGCACUAGAGCAGGGGUGUCAAACUCAGUUCCUGGAGGGCCGCAGUCCUGCUCCAAAAUGCCUCCUUGUAAUCUUCAAGCACUCCUGAAGACCUUGAUUAGCUGCUUCUGGUGUGUUUAAUUAGGGUUGGAGCAAAACUCUGCUGGACUGUGGCCCUCCAGGAACCGAGUUUGACACCCCUGCACUAGAGGAUGGCAAUAAGAAAGAGCAGUGCUUCUCAACUGUUGGGUCGCAGGUGUAUUCUAAUAUGGUAGCAGAUAGCAGGGGAAAACAAUGGCAAAUGUACAUAAUAAAAUGGAACUACACAAAUAA